CUCAGCUCUGCAGCUUGGAUGUGAUGGCUGCCACAGCUCUGUCCUGGUGUCUGUCCCUCUACGUCCUCCUCUUGCCCUUGCCUGCGCCUUGGGUGUCUGCAGCAGUGAAUGACUGUCCCCAUCUUAAGUGCUUCUAUGACUCAAGAGCCAAUGUCUCCUGCACAUGGAGCCCGGAAGAGACCUUUCAGGUCACAAACUGCCAAAUCCAAGCCAAGUCGGACAAACGGUCCUGGAACACAACCUGUAAUCUAUUUCCUGUGAGGCAGGCGUCCUGGGCCUGCAACCUGAUCCUUGGACGCCCAGAUUCCCAGUGUCUGACCGCUGUGGAUAUUCUCAAUGUAAACGUGGUGUGCCGGGAAAGUCACGACUGGCGCAGGGUGAAGACAUGCAGCUUCCGUCCCUUUGACAACCUUCUCCUGCGGGCCCCUCAUUCACUCCAAGUCCUGCACAUUGAAACCCAGAGAUGCAACAUAAGCUGGGAGGUCUCCCAGGUCUCUCACUACCUUUAUAGUGAUUUAGAAUUUGAGGCCCGCAAACGUUCCCUGGACCACAGCUGGAAGGAUGCACCCCUUCUAAGCCUCAAGCAGCGACAACAGUGGAUCUGCUUGGAGACACUUACCCCUGGCACCUCAUAUGAGCUCCAGGUGCGGGUCAGGGCCAAUCGAGAUGUCCAGGGGACCUGGAGCCCCUGGAGCCAGCCCCUGGCUUUCCGGACAAGGCCAGCAGAUCCCUGGAAUCUACCCCUAAUGUGGCCCAGACAACUUCUCCUGGGUCUUGGUUGUCUUUUUGGCUUCAUGGUCUGUGUCUACGUUUUGUUCAAGUGCCAGUACCUGGGCCCAUGGCUGAAGACUGUUCUCAAGUGCCACGUCCCAGACCCCUCUGAGUUCUUCUCCCAGCUGAGCUCCCAGCAUGGAGGAGACCUUCAGAAAUGGCUCUCCUCGCCCUUCCCCUCAUCCUCCUUCAGCCCCAGUGGCCCUGCACCUGAGAUCUCUCCAUUGGAGGUGCUGGACGGAGACAGCAAAGCCAUGCAGCUGUUCCUGCUACAGCAGGACACAGCCUCCUCACCCUCGCCCAGCGGCCACUCGCAGGCCAGCUGCUUCACCAACCAAGGCUACUUCUUCUUCCAUCUGCCCAAUGCCUUGGAGAUUGAAUCCUGCCAGGUGUACUUCACCUAUGACCCCUGCGUGGAAGAGGACAUGGAGGACGAUGGGCCAGGGCUGCCCCAGGGAUCUCCCCUCCCAUCUGUGCUUCCUCUGGCUGGGGACGAGGACGACUACUGUGACUUCCCACCCAGGGAUGAUUUGUUGCUCUUCUCCCCCAGCCGGAGCUCCCCCAACACUGCCUUUGGGGGAGCAGCAGCUCUUGAAGAAAAGCCUCCCCUCUCCGUGCAGGAGGGAUGUACCCCGCUACCAUCCCCUGACCUGAUGGGUUUGCAGUGCCCUCUGGAGCUGGUACAGGGAGGUGACGGGGAGGGGCUGCCUGCUCAUAGUUCAGGGGAGCAAGCCGGUGUCCCCGAAGGUAGCCCUUGUGGGCAAGGUCAGGACAGGGCCCUGGCCUCUGUCUUGCCUCUGAACACUGAUGCCUAUCUGUCUCUUCAAGAACUACAGGCCCAAGAUCCAGCCUACCUGGUAUAGCCAGUUGACCAGGAUUUGGGAUCCAGCUGCCUAGGUCAGGUCAGGCUUAGGGGGGACCAGUUAAGAACUGUUCCUGGUCAUCCACACCCCAACACUUAGUCAUCCAUGUUUGAGCUCUACUUGCUGCUCUAUGGUCCAGCCAGGCAGGAUCUGAGGUGGGGAGGGCUGGUUAGCUCCACCUCCCUGUGUAGUCAUGAGGUCACUAGUUUCCUGGACCUGCCUUACUCCUUCCUGCUUACAGGGCAGCCAGGACCUGCUUCCCCCAAUACAAAUGUGCCCAUGUUCUUCUCCUAUCCUUGAGCUUUCUGUGACUUUGUCCCUUUCAGCGCUGCUGUGGGACAGCUAUCCUCAGGAUAUAGUGUGGUUGUCACUGUCUUAGUCAUAGCAGCUGUGUCCACCCAAACUAAGAGCUCCUGUUGACUGUUGACAUUCCCUCAUAGAAGGAGGGGGUGGGAAGGGCCAUCAGACUGUCACCGGAGAUCACAGCCACUCUCCUGCACCCCAUCCCCAGCUAUGGGUAAUUCUGCCCCUGGUGCCUGUGUUUUUUGGAAGAUGCUGGCAUUUGCAAGGGGGAAGGUUUGAUGUAACUAUGGGGACAUCAUCACCUAUUCUGGGUCUAGAUUUUCUGUGAUACAGCUGUUUUGGAAUCACCUAUCCUCCUGUACGUAAGCCUAGAAGACUAAGUGGUUCACCAAGCUGGCCUUGAGUGGAUUUGUGCCUUCGACACCAUCUAUGGGAAAAGUACAUAUUUGUUCACGUAUCUCCCUCCCUGCAAAAAGCUUACACAACAUGCAUUGUAUGUCAGCAUGGUCCUUUGUGGAAACCUCACAAGAAUCCCGUGGGGUCUCCUGGAGUCCCCCUUUGACUCACACCUAUUCAAGUAUUAUUUGUUGUGCCUCACUUAGGUGACAAACAUCCUUCAUCUUCACCUGUAAGGCCGUGCUUCUAAGGGCGGUGCUUCUUCUUAAGGAAUUCAAAUUUCCCCAGUUUGUACUAGAAGGAGAUGAUGCGGACAGCUCCUGACCCAUCUUCCUUUCUUCGGAGCUAUUGCCUGACUUCCCAGUGAUAAGCUCAGCAUGGACACAGUUACCACACAGCAGUGGCUUCUGGAUCUUUCCAUGCCCACCUCACCAGUUUGCAAGGGAGCCUACUGGACUGCGAGCCCCAGGUUCCAGCGGUCCAGGCAAGGAUGUCACACCUGGAUGUACCAUCUCACCCUCAAAGGAGGACAUUGUUCUCUACAGGGAGCUCCUCCAGCACAGAGCCUCAGUGUCUGUCACUGUCCCAGGGUUGAUGGCACCAUGGUGAUCAGAUCCCACCUGCUGAGGGAAGCGGAAACACAGACCUAGCUAGUGGAUGCCCUACCCACAGUGCCUGCCUCAUGGUUCCUGCUCACUAUGCAUUGGCUGACUGGCCAGAUCACAGGUUGAUGGGCAGCCUGGGCACAGAAGGUCUGUCACAGAGGUUGGGCCUGAUCUAACCAAUCAGAUUAUCUCUCAAUUGGAUGUUCUGGCCCCUCAUACAAGGCCCCUAAGCUUAGCAAGAAGAGAUGAGCCAAUGCAGAAGGUGUUCAGUUCUCAUGCAAGAGUUUUCCUGCCUGCCAGGGGUCAGACGUCCUGCUGCUUCUGUGUGAGACUCCACACAUCCCCUCCUGCCACAGGAUGCUGUGUAUGGCCAUCCUCCUGUCUCAACGAUAAAUCAGACCCGCGCUUGCACCCACACCAUUGACUGCGUAUCCCAAGCAAACGUCAACCUUUGGAAUUCUCUUGCUUUAGCUCCCACACAGAAAUAGAACUUAUUUCCACUGUCUGAAAAGGUCUAGGGAGGGAGGAUUUGGUUCUUCCUCUUUUAAUGAUCUGUGUGCGGCAUCUUUGCAAUGAAUUCCUGAGAUGUUUUAAAACACAUUCAUUUUGUUUGUUUGCUUUAUCACAUUUAUUUAAGAUUUUUUUAAACAUAUCACUUCUAUG